UAGCGGAAACGAGUCCCUCAGAGAUGUUAGGGAAGAAGAAACUUCAUCAGAUGGUUGAUACUAAAUCUCCCUCCACAUUUAAGCGCCUAAAAGUUGAUGCUACCCGCAAUUUUCCUGAAAAUUGUGGUCCAUUUGUUCAUGAAAACUACGGAACCAGAGAGAUCUACCCGGAAUUUCCAUCAGCUACCAAGCUUGUAAAAGUCAAUGCUACAAGGAAUUUUCCUGAGAAUUGUGGCCCAUGUGUUCUUCAAAAGAAGAAUGAACGCGACACUCAAUGCUCCGCUAAUGCUGAGAUCGAAAGUUGUUCUGAAGUUGAAAUGAAUGUGGUUGAGUUAGGUGACCCUUUAAGUGUUUUUGUGCCAAAAGAUAUGCAAUUUGAUUUGGCUGCAGCUGGUGCGUGUGAAAAAGAGGGCGGUGAUUCGAGUCAUUUGAAUACCUCAUGUCAACCUACUACUAAUGGAAAUCAUGUUUUGAAGACGAAAGAAGAAAAUCUUAUGUAUGAUGACUCAACUCAAUUGAAUGAAGUCUUGGUAAAUCAGGUUCUCCAAAAGCCAUCAACUGAUACAGGUAAUACAUGUGAUUGGUUUAUAAAAGGCUAUCCUAUUGAAAAUGGACCAGAAUUGCCUGCUAUUGUGUCACAAGAAAAUCUAAUUGACGGUCGAAAUGAUGAACCUAGAAAGGAAACAAACAAGAGAGUUCAGUACAAAGAAGUUGCUGACGAUGAAUCCAGGAGUCAGGUAGAUAGUUCAUCCUGCUCCGAGUCGAACUCACAAAAAUCAGGUGACAAGACCCCAAGUGCCGGUAAGAAAGGGGGAAAGGGUGAGAUCGUGCAGGAAGAAGCAGUGAAGUGUCCCGAACCCCUACACACGUGCAAGGUUAUUUUUGAAGAUGAAUCUGCGGUCAUGAAGAAGCAAAUAAAUCUCGGAGUUUCUCAAGAAGAUUUAAGGAAUUCUGAUGUACUGUGUGGUGCUUCUGGUCAUGGAUUGUUAACUGAAUAUGAACAUAUUCAGAAAGUGAAAGAAGUCAAAGAGACUCUGAAACUUUUUGAUGACGAAUAUACUAAACUUUUGCAAGAAGAUAAAGCAGAGAAACAUGAAGGACGGUCCAAAAGAAGAAUCCAUAUAGAGGCAGCAAUGAAUUUGAAAAAACAGAAAAAGUGGGUAAAUUGUGAGUGGACUUUUGGACAUGUUCCUGGAGUUCAAAUUGGGGAUCAAUUCAGGUUCAGGGCAUAACUUGUUGCGAUCGGACUACAUAACCAAUUUAUUAAGGGUAUCAACUAUGUGACUAUUGGCAGAAAAGAUGUUGCAUCUAGCAUUGUUGAUUCUGGUCGGUACGACAACGAGGCCAUAUCUUCUGAAACAUUCAUUUAUGUAGGUCAAGGCGGAAAUCCAAAGGUAUCUCUUAAUGGAAGAGUGGAAGGUCAAAAGCUUGAAGGGGGUAAUCUUGCGUUGAAGAACUCCAUGGACUUGGGAUAUCCGGUGAGGGUUAUUUGUAGUCGACAAAGACUGAAUAGUGAAAAGAGUGAUUUAAGAUACAUUUACGACGGGCUCUACACCGUGACCAAGUGUUGGGAAGAAAGAGCUCCAACUGAAAAAUAUAUUUUCAAGUUUGAACUGAAAAGAAAUCUUGGCCAACCAAAACUUACUCGUGAACUAGUGUCACGGCCAGCAAAGUUAGUCAAGGUAAAUCAUUCUUGUGUUAAUAAGGCAACAAAAUCCAUUAUGCAGUCGGAGUUUGUUGUGGACUAUGAUGUCUCGCAAGGAAAAGAGAAGAUACCGAUCCAUGUUGUCAAUGCAAUAGAUGAUGAGAAACUCCCACCAUUUACUUACAUUACCAACAUGCAAUAUCCAGAUUGGUAUUAUAUCUCUAGGCCUCAAGGUUGCAAUUGCACAAGUGGAUGCUUGGAUUCCGAGCAAUGCUCUUGUGCUUCUAGGAAUGGAGGUGAGAUUCCAUUCAACACAAGAGGCUCUAUUGUUAGAGCACAACCUCUUGUUUAUGAGUGUGGUCCAUCUUGCAAAUGUCCCCCUUCCUGCAAAAAUAGAGUUAGCCAACAUGGACCUCGAUACCAUUUGGAAGUUUUCAAGACCGAAUCGAGAGGAUGGGGUUUGAGGUCACGAGAUCAUGUCUCAUCCGGAAGUUUUAUAUGUGAAUAUGUUGGGGAGUUGCUUGAUGAAAAGGAAGCUGAAAAUAGAAUAGAUCAUGAUGAGUACUUGUUUGAUAUUGGCAACUAUGAUGAAGAAAUCCCCAAAAGGAAUGUUGCGCGUAGUAAUAACCUUAAAGUUGAGUCAAAUUCUUUGAUGAGGAAGGAUGAAGAUGGCUUUACCCUUGAUGCGUUAAGAUAUGGGAAUGUUGGAAGAUUUAUCAACCAUAGUUGCUCACCAAACCUUUAUGCUCAAAAUGUCAUGUAUUACCAUGGUGAUAAGAGAGUACCACACAUAAUGUUUUUCGCUUCUGAGAGUAUUGCUCCAUUAGAGGAGCUUACUUAUCACUACAACUACCAUAUUGACCAUGUUUAUGAUAAAAAUGGUGAUGUGAAGAGAAAGAAUUGUAGAUGUGGCUCCCGUAAGUGCGAAGGGAGAAUGUACUGAAGAACU